AUGCUGUUGAUAUCAAAUGGAGAUGUGGCAGCAAAUUCACCAGGUAGGCAGGUAGAUGUUUUAUCACUGCAUACUUACAGGCCUAUCGAGAUUUGGGUAAUUUCGGAAGGGCAAAUAUGCCCUAUUUUUUUCCGCCUCCUGCUCCUCUUCUUCUAUUCUGUUCGAUACCUUUCUUCUUGCUUCUUUCUUCUUUCUUCUUUCUCGGCGAUGUCUUCGUCAGUGAUUCCACGGGGACAGGUGGAUCUCGUUGAUUUCGUCGAUUGGAGCGGCGUCGAGUGCCUCAAUCAGAUAGGGAAAAAUCCGAUUGCCAACGCUUUGAAGCAGGGUUAUAGGGAUGAUGAUGGUUUGCAUCUGGAGAGUGACGCUGAUGAGCAGCUUUUGAUUUACAUUCCUUUCACCCAAGUGGUUAAGCUGCACUCGGCUGUAAUCACUGGCCCGGAAGAGGAAGGUCCUAGGACAGUAAAACUCUUUGCAAACAAAGAACAUAUGGGCUUCAGUAAUGUUAAUGAUCCACCAAGCGACUCCUUCAAUAUAUCAGCUGACAAUCUUAAGGGGAAGCCUGUUACAUUGAAGUACGUCAAGUUUCAAAAUGUUCGCAGCUUAACAAUUUUUAUCGAGGACAACCAAGGUGGUGGUGAUGUCACAAAACUUCAGAAGAUUUCACUUUAUGGAACAACGGUGGAUACAACCAAUAUGAAAGACUUAAAAAAGAUAGAAGAUCAUUGAUUUAAAGAUUUACACCACCAUCCGAUGAGAUGCAAAAGAUGAACAUUACUCUUUUUCAAACAGGAAAAUCAUCAAAUUGAACUAGUUUCUACCAUGUAGCUCCUGCAGAAUGUUCUUUUUAUCCUUGCAUUUGAUUUGGUGUUCCAUAGUGAUGAUCUGAGAAUUGAGAUGAUUGAUUUUAUCAGUCAUGUGGUGGAAAUUUGUUGCCACGGUGUACAAGUCGAGAGAUGAGAGAUGCGAUAGUUCCCUUUCUUUGGAUGUUAUCUACGCAUCCAUUAUCUUUGGAUGCGAUAAUUCGUUAAGGCAGUUGUGGCUUUCUUGUUA